UUGCAGCCCAAAUUGCAGCGUGGUUCCGAUCGCGGUGGGGCGGUGGCAGCACCAGUCAACGUGUAAUUUCACAACCAGAAGUGAUAAUGAUAGACCCUAUUGUUUAUGCGAUUGUGGCUGUUGUCGUGGCUGUCUUGCUUGCUGGUGUGGCCUAUAUAGGCAGAUCAGUUAUUUCAGCUGAAGUCGCCAAGGAGACGAAACAUGGCCGCAAAAGUGGGGGAGGGGGAGCCAGAGCUGCUGCUGAGCCAAGGCCUGUGGCUGCUGCAGGAGCCAGGAGACCAGCGCCUAGGAGACGCAUGAAUCGUCCUACGAGAGCAGAAGAUGAUUCUGAUGAAGACUUGUCCGAGGAAGAACGUCCUGGUGUAGAGUUGGAGUUGCCAGAUGAGAAAAUAGGGGCAAAGAAGUUAAAGAAGCUGCAGGACAAAGCUGAGAAAAAAGCCAUGAGAGAAGCUGAGCUUGAAGAUAGAGAAGAAAGAAAGAAAAGACAAGAACAGUUGGAAAAGUUGAGAAAAGAAGAAGAGGACAGACAGAAAAAAGAAGAUGAACUAAAGGCCGAGGAAGAAAAGAAAAGGAAGGAAGAACAGGAGGCACGGGAACAUGAAGAAUAUCUAAAGCUGAAAGAAGCAUUCACCGUGGAUGAAGAAGGCCAGGAUAUUGAGGGGGAAGAAGAGGAUCCUGAGACUUUGCUACAAAAUUUCAUUGAUUAUAUCAAGGAAUCCAAGGUGGUUAUGUUGGAAGAUCUGGCAUCACACUUCAAACUGAAAACUCAGGAUUGUAUAGACCGAGUCAAGAGUCUCCAGGAUGAGGGAAGACUUACUGGUGUGAUCGAUGAUCGUGGAAAAUUCAUUUACAUUACAAUGGAUGAGCUAAUGGCUGUGUCAAAAUUCAUCAAGCAGCGUGGACGUGUUUCAAUAUCAGAACUUGCCGAGUCGAGUAAUAAACUGAUUACUUUAAAUUCAGACACUGACAUUCAAAAAAAACUGAUUGGAAAAGUUAGAUCUUCUUGAGCAGCUCUGGAGUGUUCUCACACAAGUUUAACUCACAUCUUUCGAAUUCAGUGCUGCCACUAGUUCCGAUGUGUGAACCUGUGGUACAUGUAAGUGUACAAGGUUUGUUGAUAAUUCAUAUUCUUCAUGUUAUUCUUAUGUGACUAUUUCACAGUGAAAACUGCCAUGAAUUUCUCUGCAGUUUUCACUCAAAAUAGUGCCACAGUUCGUAGCUUUAGAUUUGUAUGCAAGUGUUGCAAAUAAAUAUAAUCAUAGGUCAUCAUCUUA